GUAGUUGAUUGUAAUUCCGUAAAUGUCUAUGAAAUGGAACUUCCAGAUCAAAAGGGGCUGAAAAUUCUUUGGCAAGUCGACUGUCGCUUUUCUUCACGCAGUUGUUCGCUUGCACAAGUGGUGAAAAUAUGGACGAUCACUGCAAGUCAAGAACAGAUCCGUGAAAUGUUAGAAAACCUUUCAAUCGUUCAUCAAGUUUAUACAAUGGAGCACAUACAACUAUGCAAGACAAACAAAAAUAAAAAUGGUCUUAUUUUGCCAAAAACUUUUGGAAGUGAGAAGUUGAAGUCCACUAAUGAUAAAUUAUAUGAUCAUCAAGUUGAUGAUGAAAGGUUAAUAAAAGUACACCAAAUGCUUGUUACCAACAAAUUUAUUCCUUUGUCAAAGAAUUUAUUCAAAUCAAUCGUUCUUGGUGGUUCGGGGUUCACUUUCCAAGUAUCCGAAGAUGAAUACAAAAUCAUCAGACAUCCUACAUCUGCUAUUAUUGUUGGAAGAUCCGGAACUGGAAAGACUACUUGUAUUGUGUUUCGACAGAUUGCAUCAUAUCUUAUGAAAUCUAGUCAUAAGCUCUACAAGGCUCCAUCUUUACACACCAAUGACAUAAAGGAGAAUGUUUUUAACAAAAGACAGAUAUUCAUUACCGUGAGUCCUACUCUGUGCACCCGUGUAAAACAAUAUUUUGAUCGAUUACGAGAGUCUGCUAUUCUCGCGGAGAAAAAAAUGUCAUUUACUCAAUUUUACGAAUACACCAAAAAGAAAGAAGAGGAAAACAUCAAUAACAACCAGCCUGAGAAUUCAUUGAUCGAGGAGGAUGAUGAAAUGAAAAUACUAGGCGACAUCCCAAACUCGUUCCGUCAACUAACAGAUGAACAUUUUCCAUUGUUUAUAACUUACGAAAAAUUUUCUCAAAUGCUCGAAGGAUCAUAUGGAAUUGAUGUCAAUAAAUUAUGGAAGACAAAACAGCAGGAAUUUAAUGCAAAUAAUGUUGAUGAGGAUGAAGAAUACAACCUUAAAUCCUCUUUGGUCGAUACAUCUGAAAAGUCAUGGGCCCAUUUUAUAACCUUUGACCUUUUCGAAAAAAAGUAUUGGAAUCAUUUUAGUUAUCAUUAUAGGCGAAGAUUAGAUCCUGCAUUGGUUUAUGCAGAAUUCUCUAUAAUUAAAGGAUUAAAUCCAAAAGAUGACUAUUUAUCAAGAGAGGAAUACUUGUCCGUUAAUUCUAAAAAAUAUCCUAUAUUUUACGACCGUGACGAAAUUUAUAACCUGUUUGAACGAUAUGAAAAAAUGAAAAAACUUAAUUACGACUAUGAUUCAAUAGAUCGAACACGAGCUGUCUUGCGUUGCGCUAAAAGGAAGGCACUUGGUGGUCCACAUAUCCACGAAGUAUAUAUUGACGAAUGUCAAGAUAAUCAGAUUGUUGAUUUUUCGCUUAUUUUUAAGCUUUUUGAUCGAGCUGAUAGCAUUUUCUUGGCCGGAGAUACGGCACAAUGCAUUGCUCGAGGCUCCUCUUUUCGCUUUCAAAGUGUACUUUCCUUGAUGUACAAAUGGGAACUUGAUCGGUCUCAAAAUAAUCCAAAUUGGAAUGGUUCCUUAAAACCAAAACAAUUUGAACUAAAUACCAACUAUCGUUCUCACAACGGAAUUCUUGGGCUUGCAUCAUCUGUUAUUGAUCUCAUUCAACACUUUUUCCCCAAUUCUAUUGACAAGUUGCCACGUGAAUGCGGUGAAGGAUUUCAAGAUGAAACUGCCGUUUUUAAUUGCUUCUCUGUUAGUGAAAAACCAGGUGAUACCGUUGAAUUCGGUGCCAAUCAAGUUAUUAUCGUACGUGACGAGAAAGCCAAAAAACGAUUAGUGAAAUCUAUUGGAAAAGCCGGUUUAAUUCUGACAAUUUUUGAGGCAAAAGGCAUGGAGUUUAAUGAUGUUCUUCUAUAUGAUUUUUUUACGGAUUCGCCAGCAGGUCAAAAGUGGCGGUUAAUUCUUUCCGCUAUAGAAGGAUAUUCUGGAGGCAUGCAAGAUUUAUCAUACGAAAGACAUUAUAUACUUUCUUCCGAACUAAAACAUCUCUAUGUGGCA